CACAGACUGCGACAGACAUUUCCGAUGUCUGCGCAACGACCCCGCGUCAACAAGAUAACGCGUUCGUUUAGGAUUUCGAAGAACAUCCUUGGCUUCAAGCAGUGGCGUACUGUGACGCCGAUAGCGGGCAGCUCAAGUAUCGGCGUCCUCUCGGCAUAAGCGGCAUUCAAAACAGCGCUCGCUAAAUUACAAUCCGCCGUCAGCAAGCCAAUUGAAAUUUCAGAGGUUCUUAUUUGAUUGCGGCAUCAGCCAAUCCGAUAAGAAAGCGUGGAAUCCUUUGACAGCCAUGAUGACACCGGUCACUAUUCUGUGCUUGGUCCUAUCGUGUUCUAUGGUUUACACAUUUUCAGAAUGGUGCAACAAGGCGUACAAUAAUCGUCUGGAACGGGCCAUUGAUAGUGCGCUGCAAGACGUCCAAGAAGAGCACGGUUCAGAGAUGGAGGCUGAAGGCCCCGGCCCAUACCCUUUAGGCUUCGAUGGAUACACUGUCAUUGGUCUUGGUACACUGCGACGCCAUGGGGACUUCCGGACCGUGUGCGAAAACGAAACUCAGGUCGUGAGCUUCGACCUGCUGUCGGAAGGACCUGUGCUGUGUUUGUUUCGAAGGACGGGUGGACAAAACGACACCCUUGCGAUUGCAGCUCACGACGUCAACGUGACUACGCACCUGAGGUUUGUCACAGCAUCCACAGACGAGAACGCCGAGACAGACUCGCGAAUCCUGGACCAGAUUGACGAGCCUGUGGCGACGACGCUGCGCACCGGACGUGCCACUGUGAACACCGAUGGCACUUCUGGUGAUGCGCUGAAUGUAACGACGGGUCUCCUUCGACAUCUGGCUCUUCUGUCGAUUCAAGACUCCUGGGAAGAACAGUUCGUUUCAAAGUUUGUCAGAGUGCUACGAUACACUUAGUGGCGUCAUCUUCGAACGGAAACCGGUGCUUAUAUAGUGUGUAGAAAGUACAAUAAGUAAGAAAUGCGCUUGACGCUCGGUUGCAGAUCGGGCCGUUUUAGCACUGUUCGGAAUCUCCACAACAUUUUUUCGUCUUAGUUUAGGCAUUAGGGAGCUUUCAAAUAUCUACAAACAUCAUAUGUCUGGAUUGCUGCAUAAAACUAAUAGCUUAGGUGGGUGUCAAACGAAAGAAAAAAGAGUAUUACACAGCGGCAAUCACCAACACUUGUCAAUGAAAAG